GGCAGUGAUUACUUCACACACAUACACACACAAAGGAGGAGUUCUCGCUCCUCAGGAAACCCUGCAAGCUCGGAUCGCUACUACAAAAACAUUUGCCUCAGUGGAUUAUCCUCACUGUCAGCAGGAGCCCAGCCAGAAUGAAACUAGUUCACGUAGCCCUGCUCUAUCUCGGCUCUGUGACCUUCUUCGGGGUGGAUGCUGCAAGGGUGGACGUAGCGACAGAGUUCAAAAGAAAAUGGACGAAAUGGGCACUAAGCCGAGCCAAGCGGGACGUGAAGCCUGCGGGCGUGCUCCGAGGGCUGGGGGCAGCCGCCGACGUGCUGCCUCUCAUACGCACCCAGGACGUGAAGGAGGAUUCCCGAGUCUCGCCUCCCAGCACCCGGGAGGAUGCUCACAUCCGCGUCAAGCGCUACCGCCAGAGCAUUAACAGAUUCCCCCACUUCCAAACAAAGGCGUGCCGCUUCGGGACGUGCACGGUGCAUUGGCUGGUCGACGAGCUCCACAGGGCGGCCGUCAACGACAGGAACGAUGCCGCCCCGCCGAACAAGAUCAGCCCGCAGGGCUACGGCCGCCGGCGGCGUUCCCUGCCCGAGCCCCGCAGCGCAGCGCGCUCCCCCCGCUCCGGGCGGCGCCCACGGACGCGCCUCGCCGCCGCCCUGGGAGUCUGAGCGCCGCAAAACGCGGCCGAGGCCGCCUCGACGGACGGACUGAGGCUCGGGCUGGGACCCGCGGCAGCGGCGGAGGGAGAGCGCCCGCCCGGGCGGGACCCCGGCGCGCCCUCGGCGGGGGAGCUGCGAAGGGCAGCGGACGCUGCGCCCCCCGCCCGCCACCUCGGACUCUUUGGCCGCCCCGGGCCGGGCACCGCCGGCUCCCGCCGCCGCCCGGGCCGCCGAGGCGCCGCCGCUGCUCCCGAGGAGGGGAUGCUCAGGGGGGACCCGCCGGCAUCUUCUCUACCCUCUGCGUUAUGCGCACCCGGCAGGGAAUCGGACACUCCUUAGUCCCUGCGGGGACUGCGAUAUACUUGAACGUUACAGAGAGGAAAAGUGCAAUUGUACGUGGUUUUUGUUAAUUAUAAGUGCGGUGUGUGUGGAUCACGAGAUAUGCAUUGGUAUUUAAGGUUGUUCUGUGUCGUGUCUUUUUUUUUUUUUUUUGAAAAAUAUAUUUUAUUUUUAUACGGUUUAUAUAUAUAUAUAUAUAUAUAUUGCAUAAGGGCAUUUUAAAACAUUGUAUCCCCUCUAUUUUUCAUAUCGUGAAUGUCAAACGUUAGACUCUUUUUCCAUACCUUUUUUUAUCUUGCAUUCCAGACUGGUGAAAGAUAUAGAGAAUGUAUCAGCUGUUCUCCAUGGGCAAUAUGUGAAAUAAAAUAAACACAAUUACAUAAAA